CACAAAUUUUGGAUUCUCGCUUUUUCGUCUAGUGAUCCUUGAUUGAGGAACGUGUUUUCGCUGCGGCUGCUGGAAAUCAUGGCGUCGCUACCGAAUUAUACCGAUUUACUACCAAACAAUGUGCUGUGCAUGGUGUUUGACCGGCUGGAUAUCAAGAACGUAAAGAACGCCUCGCUCGUUUGUAAACGUUGGAACGACAUCAUUUUCCGUAGUGCAUACAUCGACCGAUUUGGCAUAUAUUUCGGUAUGUUUGGAAUAUCCGAUGCUUCAUCGAUGUCGUUUGAUGUGGAGACUAUGCUACGGAAGGCGAAAUACCUAGCGCACACAGAUAGGCGCUAUCGCAAUUUUAAUUUCUAGCUAAUUUUUGAAAUGGGAAAAAAGUAUUUCCUGCGGCUUGGAAAGCUAUAGAGCUUAAUCAAACGAGCAACCUGCAAUCACUGAACCUGUUAUUCUAUUUCUCUCGGUUGAAUGAACUUUUGCCAUUGGUCAUUGACACAAUAUCAUCAAUGCCGCAGUUGCGAUCGCUGACUGUAUCGGAUCAGAGUACAGUACGUAUGAUGGCUUAUGAGCACAUUAAACAGGAAAACAUUCCAUCAAUCCGAAGCAAAUCGCUACAGGAGCUCACGAUGUACUGUAAAUAUAGGUACACGAUCGAUACGCCAGAGCUGCAAACAUUUGCUGGCGCACUGUGCGCACUUCUUCCACCGGACAGCAGCGAUAAGGAACAGCUGGAACUUACUAAGCUGAAGAAACUCGAUGUAACAGUAUGCAGCUGGAAACCUGCAGACCGAUCCGUCUUUCGUCGAAUGCCGAAUCUGGCGGAAAUUCAUUGGGACAUUCCCGUGGAGGAUGAUCUUUUCGUUGCAAUGUGUAAAACAUGCCUACAACUAACCGAGGCUCGCUUUGCCAAGGAACUGAAUGUAUCGAAUCUUUCCGCAAUCAAAUAUCUCGAUAAGCUUUCCGAGCUUCGUAUUUUAAAAUUUUCUAGCUUCAUGAUUCAGGACUUGUUUAUGGACUUGUCCAAACUAAGCCACCUGGAGGAGCUCAGACUGGGACAUACCCAUUUGCUGCCUGUUAGUUUGCUCAGCUUCUCCAAGUCGAUUAGGAAACUCGGUCUACAUAUUUAUGGAUGCGUGGAACUCAGUCUUGUCGAAAUCACGGUGCGAAACUUACCGCAAUUGACGGAACUGUAUUUGAAUGGCCAUACCGUUCCAAUAUCUAGUAGGGCUCUGAGAGCCUUACUUGGUUUUGAACAUCUGGAGGUACUCGAGUUUUCGCAUUUUCAUUUCACACAAUCGAAAUUCCUGGAAAUGAACGCCCCUAUGCAUAAAGUGCGAACAUUACGAUUCCACCGUUGUAAACUUGACACGAAACAGCUUUUCGGACUCCAGAAUAAGUUUCCCAAACUUCAAAAUACUGUAUUCGAAGAAUGCGAUAUUGACGAUCAACCAAAAAAAGAUCAACCAGAACCAGAUAAUGAUCAAAAUCAGCUUGGAUUGAUCACCGCCUUGGUGCAGCUAGCAGAAGAAUAUAAUGCUGCAGUAAUUGAUUCAAUUAAAUGAUUAAUAUAUUUACUCAUUAUAGACAUUAGUAUAGACAUGCAUUUAUCCACGAGUUGAGAACAUCCUUUCAAUUAUUGAAGUAUUAGCUUUGUUUCGUUUCGCGAUUGUUCCUCUUUUCUCCAUUCAUUUAACCUUUUGUUAACUCUUCGAUAUGAAACAUAUAAGUGCGCUGCAUCGACAAACAUGUGUGGUUUGUCAAGGAAUUUGUUCGGUUUUGGCGUAAGGAUGAGGGAUGGCUACAUUGGUUUUUGAUGAAUUAUAAACCAUGACAAUUACAUGUAAUCGUAAAACUAGGAAUUGUAACUGCUCUGAUGAAAAUAAACGUAAAACAUCGAAACUGAUGAAUAAAGUGUA